UGGACUGCGCCAAAACCAAGGUCCGGAUUUUUUAGACCGGGUGACGUCACGGGGAUUCACAGACGUCUCUGACAGGAUCCAGCCAGCACGGAGAGAGGAACCAAGCAUCCCUGCAACCGAUCGUUGAUUUUGGGAGCGUUUUAAAGUCAAAUCGGGACUUUGGCGCAACAUGACUGCGCUUGUUUGUUUUUAAAGGGAAUCCCGCUGUCCCCCCCCCCAUCAUCCUCCAUGCAAGCCCCGCCGUGGUCAGGAUAAACAACCCAGCGAACAACUACUAAUCCCCGGGACGCUGUGGGAGAGGGAGGGGGGUGGGAGGGUCGGUCCCGGUGAGAAAUGGACAGGGCAGCACCGACUGGAUUAGAUGAUCCGGAAUAAAUAAGCGAGCGUGGACGCAGCGAUCCUGGAUGUCCAUAUGGUCCUUUUUGAUUGUUAUUGUUAUUAUUUGACCGGAGAUGGGGGCUUUUGCCAGCAGACAGAAUAUAGGCGUGGAAGAAUUGGACAUUCCGUCCAGUUCGGUGUACCGUUACCCACCGAAAACUGGAAGUUAUUUUGCCAGCCACUUCAUCAUGGGCGGAGAAAAGUUUGACUCCACCCACCCGGAAGGUUACUUGUUUGGGGAAAACACAGACCUAAACUUCCUCGGGACCAGACCAGUAGCGUUCCCAUAUGCGGCGCCUCCACCUCAGGAACCAGUGAAGACGUUACGAAGCCUUAUAAACAUCCGCAAGGACACACUGCGGCUUGUACGAUGCAGCGAGGACCUGAAGCUGCCCGGCGACGACGUGGCGGGCAAGCAGAGGGCCUGCUACAACGUAGAGUUCACCUUCGACUCCGACACCCAGGUGGCCAUCACCAUCUACUACCAGGCCGUGGAGGAGUUUCACAACGGGGUGCCGGUUUACCUGCCCCAGGACGGCUCCCUGCAGUCGGAGACGGUGCACUUCAAGCGGGGCGUCAGCCAGCAGUUCUGCCUGCCGUCGCACACCGUCAACCUCAGCGAGUGGGCGGACGACGAGCUGCUGUUCGACAUGGACAAGGAGGUUUUCCCCAUGGUGGUGCAGGCUGUGGUGGACGAGGGUGAGGGUGAGUUUCCUCCAUGGCACGGAUGCCUUGGUUGUCGUGCUGUUGAGCAACCUUCUUCUGUGUCCACAGAACAUCUGGGCCACUCUCACAUACUGCUGGCCACCUUUGAGAAGCACAUGGACGGCAGCUACUGCGUGAAGCCUCUGAAGCAGAAGCAAGUGGUGGACGGUGUGAGUUACCUCCUGCAGGAGAUCUACGGCAUAGAGAACAAGUACAACAGCCAAGAGUCGAAGGUCGCCGAGGACGAGAUCAGCGACAACAGCGCCGAGUGCGUGGUGUGCCUGUCGGACGUGCGCGACACGCUCAUUCUGCCGUGCAGACACCUGUGUCUCUGCAACGCCUGCGCCGACACGCUGCGCUACCAGGCCAACUGCUGCCCUAUUUGUCGACUGCCCUUCAGAGCUCUGCUGCAGAUCCGAGCCAUGAGGAAGAAAGUCAGCCCCUUGACGCCGACCAACUUCAACCCCGUCAUCACCUCACAGACGUCGGACUCCGAGGAGCACUCGGCGUCCGAGCACAUCCCCCCGGGCUACGAGGUCGUGUCCCUGCUGGAGGCCCUCAACGGGCCCCUGGCCACCUCCUCCGUGGCCCCGCCCCUCCACUCCGGCCCCAGCCACGUGUCGGGGGCGCUGCCGCCUUACAGCGGCGACGCCCACCCUGCGGCCGCCCGCUCCCUCUCCCCUCUGGACCACUCCAACUCUAGUCAGGGACUCAAACUCAAGAAGAGCGGCUCCAAGUCACUUUCCCAGAAUUCCUCAGUGCUUCCCGAGGAGGAGGAUGAGAAGUCCUGCAGCGAACUGGAGGCCUGUCGCCACAAACUUGCCGUGGAUCAGCAGGAGUGCGGAGUCACUCCGGACAGCGAAAACCUGACGCUGUCCUCCUCCGGGGCCAUCGACCAUUCGCCUUGCACCGGAACUCCGCUGUCCUCCACUAUCGCGUCCCCUGAAGACCCAGUGAGCAGCAGCCUGGCCCAGUCAGUGAUGUCCAUGGCGUCGUCCCACUCGCAGCACUCCCACAUCAGCACUGACACCAUGUCCUCCAUGUCAGGGUCCUACCUGGCCGGGGCGGAAGGCGAGCCCGGGGGCGGCCAGGGGGCUGACGCGGAGGACGGCGAGGAGGGGAACCGGGACGCCGCCAUGGAGAGCCGGGGACCCUCGCAGCUGGAAGGGGAGCCAACAGAGCUGAACUACUCUGCGGUGAUGGAGGAGCAGGACUCAGAGGGGAAUGAUGUCACAGAAGAGGACCGCUCCUCCUCGUCCAAUGGCAAAGGUGGGCGGAGCAGGUGUCCAGAGUUGGCCAAUAACAAUCGGGGCCUGUGUGACACGCCCUCUUUGGGCCUGGACAAUGAGCAGGCUCCCGACAGCCGAUUCGCCGGUCUCAUGUACCUCGGAGGCUACAGGCCGGUUUCGGAGCCCCACCACCACCACACCUCCACCAGCAACCGAGAGGAACAAGGGGUCGAGAACCGGGAGAGUCCCAAACAGCCCCGCCGCGGACACCUCGUUGUGUAGCGCACGCACACACACACACACACACACACACACACACACACACACACACACACCCUACUGGCACUUCCUACUUACUCAGUGCUGCAUCGCUGGAUAAGGACUGAACAGGGAACCACACCUUCUCUCCUUGGAGACACGGUGAAGAAAACUUCUCGCUUGUCCGAGCACUUUUAUAUGUUUCUUUUUUCUCCAGUUUUUAUUUAUUACCCGUAGGUCUUACUAACCCGGUGUUGUGACACUCCUUCAGUACCACCAGCCAAUCAGUCGGGGGCUACUGUCACCUGCACUCACCUUUCCCAGCGGGCACACCACAUUGAAACAACGUUGAGAACUUGUUGGAUUAGGUCCUGACGUUGAGCAACUCAAACACAACAUUGAAACAACAUGCUUUUUGACGACGUUUAAUCAAUGUUGGGUUCUGACGUUGAUUUGACCGUUGAAUUUUGGUCAUUUACCCACCUUUAUCCUACAACUCAAACACAACAUUGAAACAACAUGCUUUUUGACGACGUUUAAUCAAUGUUGGGUUCUGACGUUGAUUUGACCAUUGAAUUUUGGUCAUUUCCCAACCAAUAUUCGACACCACAAAUCCAACGUUGAAACAACAUGCUUUUUGACGACGUUUAAUCAAUGUUGGGUUCUAACGUGGAUUUUACAUUGAAUUUUGGUCAUUUCCCAACCAAUAUCCUACAACUCAAACAUAACGUUGAAACAACAUGCUUUUUGACGACGUUUAAUCAAUGUUGGGUUCUACCGUUGAUUUGACCAUUGAAUUUUGGUCAUUUCCCAACCAAUAUUCGACACCACAAAUACAACGUUGAAAAAACAUGAAUUUUGACGACAAUUAAUCAAUGCUGGGUUCUAACGUUGAUCUGACCAUUGAAUUUUGGUAAUUUCCCAACCUUUAUCCUACAACUCAAACAUAACAUUGAAAAAACAUGCUUUUUGACGACAUUUAAUCAAUGUUGGGUUCUAACAUUGAGUUGACCAUUGAAUUUUGGUCAUUUCCCAACCAAUAUUUGACACCACAAAUCCAACGUUGAAACAACAUGCUUUUUGACGACGUUUAAUCAAUGUUGUGUUCUAACGUGGAUUUGACAUUGAAUUUUGGUCAUUUCCCAGCCAAUAUCCUACAACUCAAACACAACAUUGAAACAACAUGCUUUUUGACGACGUUUAAUCAAUGUUGGGUUCUAACGUUGAUUUGACCAUUGAAUUUUGGUCAUUUCCCAGCCAAUAUUCGACAACACAAAUACAACAUUGAAACAACAUGCUUUUUGACGACGUUUAAUCAAUGCUGGGUUCUAACGUUGAUCUGACCAUUGAAUUUUGGUCAUUUCCUAACCAAUAUCCUACAACUCAAACAUAACGUUGAAACAACAUGCUUUUUGACGACGUUUAGACAAUGUUGGGUUCUAACGUUGAUCUGACCAUUGAAGUUUGGUCAUUUCCUAACCAAUAUCCUACAACUCAAACAUAACGUUAAAACAACAUGAGUUUUGACGACGUUUAAUCAAUAUUGGGUUCUGGCAUUGGUUUGACCAUUGAAUUUUGGUCAUUUCCCAACCAAUAUUUGACACCACAAAUCCAACGUUGAAACAACAUGCUUGUUUUUUUUACAACGUUUAAUCAAUGUUGGGUUCUAACGUGGAUUUUACAUUGAAUUUUUGUCAUUUCCCAACAUUUAUCCUACAACUCAAACACAACAUUGAAACAACAUGCUUUUUGAUGGCGUUUAAUCAAUGUUGGGUUCCAACGUGGAUUUGACCAUUGAAUUUUGGUCAUUUCCCAACAUUUAUCCUACAACUCAAACAUAACAUUGAAACAACAUGCUUUUUGACGACGUUUAAUCAAUGUUGGGUUGUAACGUCGAUCUGACCAUUGAAUUUUGGUAAUUUCCUAACCAAUAUCCUACAACUCAAAGAUAACAUUGAAAAAACAUGCUUUUUGACGACAUUUAAUCAAUGUUGGGUUCUAACGUUGAUUUGACCAUUGAAUUUUGGUCAUUUCCCAGCCAAUAUUCGACAACACAAAUACAACAUUGAAACAACAUGCUUUUUGACGACGUUUAAUCAAUGCUGGGUUCUAACGUUGAUCUGACCAUUGAAUUUUGGUCAUUUCCUAACCAAUAUCCUACAACUCAAACAUAACGUUGAAACAACAUGCUUUUUGACGACGUUUAGACAAUGUUGGGUUCUAACGUUGAUCUGACCAUUGAAGUUUGGUCAUUUCCUAACCAAUAUCCUACAACUCAAACAUAACGUUAAAACAACAUGAGUUUUGACGACGUUUAAUCAAUAUUGGGUUCUGGCAUUGGUUUGACCAUUGAAUUUUGGUCAUUUCCCAACCAAUAUUUGACACCACAAAUCCAACGUUGAAACAACAUGCUUGUUUUUUUUACAACGUUUAAUCAAUGUUGGGUUCUAACGUGGAUUUUACAUUGAAUUUUUGUCAUUUCCCAACAUUUAUCCUACAACUCAAACACAACAUUGAAACAACAUGCUUUUUGAUGGCGUUUAAUCAAUGUUGGGUUCCAACGUGGAUUUGACCAUUGAAUUUUGGUCAUUUCCCAACAUUUAUCCUACAACUCAAACAUAACAUUGAAACAACAUGCUUUUUGACGACGUUUAAUCAAUGUUGGGUUGUAACGUCGAUCUGACCAUUGAAUUUUGGUAAUUUCCUAACCAAUAUCCUACAACUCAAAGAUAACAUUGAAAAAACAUGCUUUUUGACGACAUUUAAUCAAUGUUGGGUUCUAACGUUGAUUUGACCAUUGAAUUUUGGUCAUUUCCCAGCCAAUAUUCUACCACACAAAUACAACGUUGAAACAACAUGCUUUUUGACGACGUUUAAUCAAUGUUGGGUUCUAACGUUGAUUUGACCAUUGAAUUUUGGUCAUUUCCUAGCCAAUAUCCUACAACUCAAACAUAACGUUGAAACAACAUGCUUUUUGACGACGUUUAAUCAAUAUUGGGUUCUGGCGUUGGUUUGACCAUUGAAUUUUGGUCAUUUCCCAACCAAUAUUUGACACCACAAAUACUACAAUGAAACAACAUGCUUUUUGACUACGUUUAAUCAAUGUUGGGUUCUACCGUUGAUUUGACCAUUGAAUUUUGGUCAUUUCCUAGCCAAUAUCCUGCAACUCAAACAUAACGUUAAAACAACAUGCUUUUUGACGACGUUUAAUCAAUGUUGGGUUCUAACGUUGAUCUGACCAUUGAAUUUUGGUCAUUUCCUAACCAAUAUCCUACAACUCAAACAUAACGUAGAAACAACAUGCUUUUUGACGACGUUUAAUCAAUAUUGGGUUCUGGCGUUGGUUUGACCAUUGAAUUUUGGUCAUUUCCCAACCAAUAUUUGACACCACAAAUACUACAAUGAAACAACAUGCUUUUUGACAACGAUUAAUCAAUGCUGGGUUCUACCGUUGAUUUGACCAUUGAAUUUUAGUCAUUUCCCAACAUUUAUCCUACAACUCAAACAUAACAUUGAAAAAACAUGCUUUUUGACGACAUUUAAUCAAUGUUGGGUUCUGAUGUUGAUUUGACCAUUGAAGUUUGGUCAUAUCCCAAACAAUAUCCUACAACUCAAACAUAACGUUGAAACAACAUGCUUUUUGACGACGUUCAAUCAAUGUUGGGUUCUAACAUUGAUCUGACCAUUGAAUUUUGGUCAUUUCCUAACCAAUGUCCUACAACUCAAACAUAGCGUAGAAACAACAUGCUUUUUGACGACAUUUAAUCAAUAUUGGGUUCUGGCGUUGGUUUGACCAUUGAAUUUUGGUCAUUUCCCAACCAAUAUUCGACAACACAAACAUAACGUUGAAACAACAUGCUUUUUGAUGGCGUUUAAUCAAUGUUGUGUUCUAACGUGGAUUUUACAUUGAAUUUUUGUAAUUUCCCAACCAAUAUCUUACAACUCAAACAUAACGUUGAAACAACAUGCUUUUUGACUACGUUUAAUCAAUGUCGGGUUCUGACGUUGAUUUGACCAUUGAAUUUUGGUCAUUUCCCAGCCAAUAUCCUACAACUCAAACAUAACGUUGAAACAACAUGCUUUUUGACGACGUUUAAUCAAUAUUGGGUUCUGAUGUUGAUUUGACCGUUGAAUUUUGGUAAUUUCCCAACCUUUAUCCUACAACUCAAACAUAACAUUGAAACAACAUGCUUUUUGAUGACAUUUAAUCAAUGUUGGGUUUUGAUGUUGAUUUGACCAUUGAAUUUUGGUCAUUUCCCAAACAAUAUCCUACAACUCAAACAUAACGUUGAAACAACAUGCUUUUUGAUGACGUUUAAUCAAUGUUGGGUUCUGUCGUUGACUUGACCAUUGAAUUUUGGUCAUUUCCCAACCAAUAUCCUACAACUCAAACAUAAAGUUGAAACAACAUGCUUUUUGAUGACGUUUAAUCGAUAUUGGGUUCUGAUGUUGAUUUGACCAUUGAAUUUUGGUCAUUUCCCAACCUUUAUCCUACAACUCCAACAUAACGUUGAAAAAACAUGCUUUUUGACGACAUUUAAUCAAUGUUGGAUUCUAACGUUGAUCUGACCAUUGAAUUUUGGUCAUUUACCAACCUUUAUCCUACAACUCAAACAUAACGUUGAAACAACAUGCUUUUUGAUGACGUUUAAACGAUAUUGGGUUCUGACGUUGAUUUGACCAUUGAAUUUUGGUCAUUUCCCUGCCAAUUUUCGACAACACAAAUACAACAUUGAAACAACAUGCUUUUUGACAACGUUUAAUCAAUGCUGGGUUCUAACGUUGAUCUGACCAUUGAAUUUUGGUAAUUUCCCAACCAAUAUCCUACAACUCAAACAUAACAUUGAAAAAACAUGCUUUUUGACAAAAUGUUAUCAAUGUUGGAUUCUGACGUUGAUUUGACCAUUGAAUUUUGGUCAUUUCCCAAACAAUAUCCUACAACUGAAACAACAUUGAAACAACAUGCUUUUUGACGACGUUCAAUCAAUGUUGGGUUCUAACGUUGAUCUGACCAUUGAAUUUUGGUCAUUUCCUAGCCAAUAUCCUACAACUCAAACAUAACGUUAAAACAACAUGAGUUUUGACGACGUUUAAUCAAUAUUGGGUUCUGGCGUUGGUUUGACCAUUGAAUUUUGGUCAUUUCCCAACCAAUAUUUGACACCACAAAUCCAACGUUGAAACAACAUGCUUUUUGACGACGUUUAAUCAAUGUUGGGUUCUAACGUGGAUUUUACUUUGAAUUUUUGUCAUUUCCCAAACAAUAUCCUACAACUCAAACAUAACAUUGAAACAACAUCCUUUUUGACGACGUUUAAUCAAUGUUGGGUUCUAACGUUGAUUUGACCAUUGAAUUUUGGUCAUUUCCCAACCAAUAUUCUACCACACAAAUACAAUGUUGAAACAACAUGCUUUUUGACGACGUUUAUUCAAUGGCAAGUUGUGACGUUGAUUUGACCAUUGAAUUUUGGUCAUUAACCCAACCAAUGUCCUACAACUCAAACAUAACGUUGAAACAACAUGCUUUUUGACGACAUUUAAUCGAUAUUAGGUUCUGACGUUGAUUUGACCAUUGAAUUUUGGUCUUUUCCCAACCUUUAUCCUACAACUCAACCAUAACAUUGAAAAAACAUGCUUUUUGACGACAUUUAAUCAAUGUUGGGUUCUAACGUUGAUUUGACCAUUGAAUUUUGGUCAUUUCCCAACCAAUAUUCGACAACACAAACACAACAUUGAAACAACAUGCUUUUUGACUACGUUUAAUCAAUGUCAGCUUCUGACUUUGAUUUGACUAUUGAAUUUUGGUCAUUUCCCAAACAAUAUUCUACAACAUUAAAACAACAUGCUUUUUAACAACAUUUAUUCAAUGUCAGGUUGUGACAUUGAUUUGACCAUUGAAAUUUGGUCAUUAUCCCAACCAACAGCGUGGAUCUAGCGUUGAAGAUCACCGUUGUCUCAAUUUACGAAUACAACUAUUUUCCAACGUUGUUUCAAAGUCAGUUUUAAAGGACAUGCAUGUAUAAUCAACCUUGUAUCAAUGUCUUGUGCCUGCUGGAACGUUCUUAUUAUUAUUACUAAUCUCCCUCCCUGGAGGCCCCGCCUCCCUCGCAUGCGUCCUCCACUCACCUCUGCUGAAUGUGAAGUGGAAACAGAGACUUGGACCAAUGAAAAGAAUGUAGGACCAUUGUCUCCCAGAAGGAGGCGCUCUCAUGUUAACUGGAAUGCCAUCCAACACGCGUCUGAGCAUGUCAGUGUUAUUAUUAUUAUUAUUAUUGCAGCACAGCAAUGAACUUUAAAUACAUUUGGAUUUAGGGGUGUGCAAUGUGCGGUACGGGGGCCUUAUUGGAUCGCAGCUUUGGCAUAUUCUAAAAACUAUUCAAUACUUCUGAAUAGGGGUGCACAAAAAAACUAGGAUUCUUAUGGAUCCGGAUUCUGAAUCGAUUCAUAAUUUUCAAAAUUUUAGAAAAAGUAAAAUUUUUUCUUUUUCUUUUCUUUUAAUAAAUAAUUAUGCAUUUUUAAAAAGAUCAAUACUUAUGAAUAGGGGUGCACAAAAACAAAUUGAGAUUAUUAUCCAUACCGAUUAAUAUUAAUUAAUUCAUAAUUAAUUAAUCAAUUAAUAACCAAUUAAUAUUCAAUUCUAAAAAAAAGUUUAGAUUUUUUUAUUUUUAUUGAAUAAUUAUAAAUUAAAACAAUUUUUUUUUUUUAAGCCAUCUGUAACCUGUUUUGAACAUGUUUCGUUACAAUUAUUAGACCAAAUUAUUACGGCUGUGAAACUUCGGGCAGCACACGAUUCGAUUCGAUAUUUCAGGGUAAAAAUUUGAUUCUUGAUUCACACAAUUCAAAAUCAUUUACUUCUUUAAUAACAUUAUGUGCCAGUUUUAUACCGUAAAAAAAAUCUGUCAUAUUUACUGUUAAAUAGCCGCUUGGAACAUAUUCCGGUUACGAAAGCAUUUAAGGCUCAUUUUGAAUAGCUCACAUGUUGCAGAAGGCCAUGUUGUGAGUUGUCCAGUGAAAGGUUGUACAAAUAAUUUCAAGUUUAAAUCCUCAUGUAUCACUCACAUGUCUCGGAAACAUACUAUUAUUGGUGACAGGGCGGCGUGGUGGAGCACUGUUUAGGGCUCGUGCCUCACAGUUAGAAGGUCCUGGGUUCGAUCCCCGGGCUCGGGGUCUUUCUGUGUGGAGUUUGCAUGAUUUGAUUUUUUUGUUUUAAAUCAAUUUUAGAUUUUUUUUUUUAAUUGGUUAAGAAAAUACAAAUGAGAAUUGCAAUUCAGUCAGUAAUUGAUUAUUUUUUUGACACUCCUACAAACUAUACAUUGCGAGAAUCAGUUUAAAUCGAGAAUCGGUUUUAAUUGAGAAUCCGUUCUGAAUCGCAUCGUCACCCGAAGAGUCUUAAUCGGAUAAAAAGCAAAAGGUGUUGAAAGAUUCCCACGCUGACUAAUAAGGUAGAAACGAGAUAUUACACAUACCCAUAACACAAAGCGAAGGCAAGUUAGCUUAGCUUAAGUUGACAUACUUUGGAUUGGUUUUAGCAUCUAUAAAGGGGAACUGCACUUGUUUGGAGUGUUUUGCUUGUCGUUCACAAUCAGUAUGAGAGACAAGAACGCAAAAUAUUUUAGUUUUUUUC